GCGCGCCUUUGGUGGUGGUGGGCGGAGCCUGGUCGCAGGAAUGUACCUAGUGUAACACUUUCAUGGAGCUGACAGGUACAGACACGGGUCGACAUUAAUAUUUCAUCACUCACAACAACACAGGACUUGAGCGUGCUGCUGAUGCUGCCGCGGGGCGAUGGGCCUGUCCAAGCGCGUGUCGUCCUGGACGGUGGAGGACGUGUUGGAGUGGGUGCAGGAGCAGUGUCCCGCCCACAUGGACGCGCUCUACAAGGCCUUCAUUAAACACGCCAUAUCAGGCCGCGCGCUGCUGCGCCUGAAGGGUCCCCACCUCCAGGUGCUCGGGGUGGCCGGCGAGGAGCAGCAGCAGGACAUCUUGCAGGACCUCCUCCUCCUCAGAGUGCGGGAGGAAAUCGAUGAGCUCAGUGACAUCUGCUCGGACUGUUUCUCUCCGCAACAGGAAAAAUAAAUCCUCGGAAAAUGGAAAUGCAAGCUUACCUGGGUUUUUUUUUCUUUCUUUUCCCCCCCGUUUCAUUAUUUCCCUCCCGUCCACAUGUGAAGGGAAGAGAAAUGCGGGAGUGAAAGAAAACACGGAGAGAGAGAGCGAGAGAGAGAGAGACGGGGAAAAGGAAAAGAAGAAUCAAUGAGGAAUGAAGAGACAGAAAGCUAUUUCCUGUAUGAAACCCGACCUGUGCAGAUGGAUGAGAUUCGUUUCUGUUUCUUUUUUCUGACUCUCGCUGUCCAUUCGUCUCCCCCCCCCCCCCAUCCCGGAAGCUUUUUUCAUUACAGCGUAAUAUUUUUAAAAUACUGUAUUUCAAUGCGAAGAAUAUGGACGGGCUGUUGUUUUUUUUUGACUGACAGAUCUGAACAUAUCAGGGCAACCAUUUUUCCCGUGGUGUCGUCUGAUGACACCGUCUACGUCCAACACCCAAGUCGCGCCGCGUCUGGUAAAUCGUGGACCUGAGAUUGAGUUUGAUCAGUUUUUAGAACGAGGCCCGAUGAUAAUCAGAAGGAAGUUGUAUCAGAGGCUCUGGUGUCUGGAAAGGAAUUCCUGAACACAGAGGGAAAAUCCUAAAGUCCCAAAGAGUGGUUGCGAGUUUUCCAUUGAAACAUUUCUCUGUGCCCGGAUACUUUACUCUCCUUCUUCUUUUCUUUUCUUUUUUUUUUUUUACUGUUUAGUUUUUAUUUUAGUAUCAUCGUGAAUCCUGUUUGAACCGUUCCGCCGUUGGAAAGUUGCAGAAAAGUGAUCAUUUGUGAACGCCUAUAAUACAAGUGGUCCUAAAACCUUCA